UUUAGAGAGGCUAAAAAGGAUAGAAAUUGAAGAUGAGUGAACGUAUUAGUGCUGUUAUUCACUAUGAUGGUGAGGUUUGCCACACCGAGAACGGUGUUGUUUUUUUAUCGGAGAAUACAGUGCGACUGGUUUUUAACCAGAACAUAGAUUUGACAGAACUUCGUGAAAGAAUUAGGCUUAAAAUAUUCGGAACGACGCCAAUGAAAGUUCUGUCUAUUACGUAUCGAUUUUGUUCUUCUGUUGAUCCGGUGACAUAUGACUCGUUCGACAUAAGAGGUGCUCGUAGCUUGGAGGCAAUGGUGCAGACUCAUCUCACUAGUGGAGCACCGUAUAUUGAGUUAUACGUACAAUUUACAUCACUAAAUGAUGCAGUUGCGACUGGUGUUCGAGAGGAAUACGCGACCCCUGCUCGACUCUCGGUUAGUGGGUUACAAAACACGAAGCAACCCAUGUUUGGUAGCGGUGUCGAAUACACAACCCUUGCACGACACUCUGUCGGUGGAUGGGAUAUGCACGUCGGUGGGUCGAUGUUUGAUGCUGGAAAUACGUACUGGGGAACAGCAUCAACUUUUACUAGUUGGCAAUCUACAUCCAAUUGGGGACAUUAUGAAAUGCCCAAAAGAAGGGAUAAUGUACUCCCUACGAUGUCCACCGGUGAGGAGACCUUGUACGUUACAGAUGAUGGUGACUUAGAAUAUGACUCUAAUGUGGAUCCACCUCGAGAGCCCAUGACUGAUGGUGAUGAAGUUGGAUUAUUUUCUGAAUCGGAGCCUAUUCCAACCGAACCUGAAGAUGUUGAAGGGGGUUCAGAUGAAGAAGAAGAUCCACGAUUCAGGGCAUACUCACCUUCAUGCCACAUGCAUAAUGUCGAUCUGUCUGCAGAUGAUGCGUUGGAGUUUCCAAACCUACCACACCGGUUGCAUGAUCAUACAAGUUCGGUACUGGAUUCAGUGCAAGAUGGUACUUGUUCUUGGAAAAUCUACGCCUCGUUAAGGAAAAUGACAGGGUUGUGGGAGAUUAAAAAGUACAAAGGUCCACAUACAUGUGCUGCAGGAAUUUCACAAUAUCGCCCCAAGAUGGAUUCAGCUAUGUUAGCUAGCUUGAUACUGCCCACGUUGAAGGUAGAUCCCAGGACUUCAGUGCUGGUGUUAAUUGCCAAUAUUCGUAACCAAAUGGGGUACACGCCCUCUUACCGUAAGGCUUGGAUAGCUAAGCAGAAGGCGUUGGAGAAGAUACAUAGUGGGUGGGACGCCUCAUAUAAUCAUACCGAUGAUCGGUAUGUAUUUUGGCACGCACGUUAACUCUGGAACGAUGAUCGGUUGUCGAGCAGGUAUAUAAUCAUACCGAUCUUCCCUCAUUUAGAUGUAGUACGACCAGAAUCUCUGCCAAUCCGUAUGCAAUUACCGUAGGUCGAUUUUGUGGUGAUCAUCAAACACCUCAAGUGCCACGGGAAUCGGUUGUCUACAUCCAAAUUGUCGUAACACUCUAUCUGACUGGUGCAUCUCCACGGUCGCAUGGUUGAUCAAUGCGACUUUCACCUGCCAAGCGUUUUAAUUUUGGAAGUACUCAUCCGGAAUUACUGCCCGAAUUGCCGGAUCCUCGUAAGAUGUCCAUUGAAACUAUAUGAACAUGAUGGAAAUAUUAGCUAUAUAUAUAAUACUAAAUACUAAAUACCAAUCGACUAGCUCAUGAUGGAAAUAUCAAUUUUAUUUAAUACUUACUUGUGCUUC